AUGGGCAGACUUGAGCCAGAGAACUACAUGAAGAUCACGUGCAGCGCCAGCGCGGUCACCGCCAUGCAGACGCGUCUUCGCGACAACAGCCCAGGCUUACCAGGGGACCCGGCUGAUGCAUCAGAGAGCAUCCGGGCAAGCAGCCAAGGAACCCCCCUGCUUGAGCCACUUGACUUUCGUGAGUGGGCUGAGGUCACCAAUGAGGUUGCAGAGCUGCUUGACGGUCAGCAUCGUCUAAGGGCAGCCCGGCAGGUGUUGGACCAGGGCAGCAAUAGCGAGAAAUGGUGGACUUGCGAGAUUUAUAACCGUGAUACACUCCCAGAUCACAUACGUCUCCAGCUCUGUAUGAAUCGACAAGAGCUUAAGCUUAUGGACCAAGAUGGGCAAAUCUGGCUACAGCUCAUGUCUAUUUGCGAUAACCAGGGCAGCGAGAAUAUCCUUGGGAAAGGUAAUUCUCAAGAUAUCACAAAGAAACUUGCAGCCGCCCUUUCCUUAGACGGCGAGGUAGCAACCAAGCUCCCCACGCGAAUGUCGAUUAUUAUGCGUAAUAAGCAAUGGCGCACUUUUACAACGCUAUGGUGCCGGACAACCAUCGGCAGGGAGACAUUCAAUGCAUCAAAGUGGGUUAAUAUGAUAGCUCACAGACUCGAUAAUUUUUGGAUAUCGCGCUUCCAACAAGUGCUGGAGACGCUAGGCUCGCUGGACCUAGAGCUGCGCCCAUGCGGCUGGACUAUCUCGGAAGAAAUCCUCCUUGAUGACUGGGAUGCCCUCGCGGACCUUUUACCCAAAGGCUACGGGGCCGACGCGGCCGACCGCGUCCUGCAGCAGAGGAUCAAUGCAUCCGCCGCUGCCCUCAACGCGCUUGGGGGGAAGACGAAGACCAAGGCGAUGGCCAGCGCCCUGCCUUCGCUAUGCGACAAGCGGCUUGAGCAGCUGGUAGACGCCAUCAAGAAAGCAGGCUGUCCCCCGUUUAACCAGCUGAGGCCUACGCUCGAGAUUAAAAAGGCUAACGGGAAGGCACUCAGCCAGAUCAUGGGCCACGUCGUGGCCUGGGUUAACCCCUGCCCAACAGACACCAAACGUACGUCCAACAACAAGCCACCUUUAUGCAAGGACCUGGAGCCGGCAUUCAGGGAUGGGGGCAGCAGCAAUGACGCCGCUGAAAUCGCCCGACUGGCCAUCAAGCUGGAGCGGGACAUCCUCGAACACGCACUAGGCUUAUUGCCUGAGCUCGGGCGCUUAAGCGGCCCCGAGCUCGAAGUUCUGCCAGACGGAGGCCGCGACGCCAUUGACGACAAGUACGACGAGCGCUUCAGCCGCAGCGGUCUUUGGCGAGGCGUCCUGGAGAUCGUACGACGCAGCCUGGGCCCCGGCGUCCGUGCUGGAUGGGUCGCCACGCCGCCCGGCAGCCCGAUUGUCCAGGAGCCGGCAGAGAGCGCAAGAGAGCUCGAGCUAUACCGCGAGCACGUGCGGCGGGGCAUUGUGGCUCUGGUCGACGAUGUGGCCGGCGAUGAUCACAUCAAGCAUCACCCAUGGGCUGCGAAAAAGGGACCCUUUGACAGGCUGAAGUACAUCCUCGGGCGCGCGGUCGUGGACUGGCAAAAGGAAGAAAGCAGUGCGUUCAAGCAAGGGAGGACGCCGAACCCUCGCAAGAGCGAGGCGCAUCCAAGACGACAGGGUACUGGGCGGGGCGACGAAGGCGUACGCGGUAGCGCAGACUUCAACGGGAGCAGAGGCGCUCGCGAGGGUGACGAGCCCAACCGCCAACAACCACCACGGUCAGGCCAGGGCCAUCCCAGCAGGAAAAGCCUGCCGAGCGGACGAAGCUCCACGGCCAAGGCAUCAAAACCGCCGUCGUUGAACCCCCCCCGCGAGAAGCAAGUCUCAGCCACCCAGCCUUCCAGCCACGAUGGCGACGACAGCGACGAGCUAGAGGUCCUCCCGCCCCUGAACCCAGCCGCCAACAGCAACAGGAAGCCGGCGAGCUCACAGAAAUCCAGAAAUAAUGCCCGACCUGACGACGACGGCGGCGGCGACGAGCUUGAAAGCCCCCCUGGGCCGAUCCAGGCAGCCAAGAGCAAGAGGAUACCCGCGGGAUCCCAGAGCUCCAGCGAGGCCCGUAUGGAUAGGGCCAUCCCGCCCAAGGAAAAGCAGCCAAAAUGGGCCGAUGGGCGCGUUGCGAUAUAA